GUCACCAUACUUCUUUGCGUUAAAAAAAACAUCGGAGAGAGAGAGAGAGAGAGAGAGAUGACUCGAUGUUUGAAAUAUAUAUCAAGAAAAGUUCAUGAAAACCACCAGCAAGAACCAGAUAGCGAAGCCGAUGGCCCGUGGACAAAGCUAACAGUAUGGCGAAAAUCACUUGUUUUCAGUUGCAACGGGUUCACGGUGAUCGACUCUACCGGUAAUUUAGUCUUCAGGGUUGACAAUUACGUCGGACGUCCAGAGGAAGUCACUCUCAUGGACGGCUCUGGGUGGCCUGUCCUCACCAUGCGUCACCGCAAGAAGCUUAGGCUGGUAGAUAACUGGCUCGUGUAUGAAGGUGAAGUUGGUGACAAUUCAUCCAAGAAACCAAUCAACCGUGUGAGGAAACGUAUGAACAUCUUACAGCCUUCUUCCAAUGUACUCGCACGCGUGUAUUGUGGGCCAUCUGAUAAGAAAUCUACGUACACAAUUGAAGGAUCAUAUGUGCAUAGAUCAUGCCGGGUGUUAGAUGAGUCGAAGCAGGUGGUAGCAGAGAUCAGGAGGAAGGAGACCAUGGAUGGUGGAGUUUCUUUUGGGUUAGAGGUUUUUCUUUUGAUCGUCCGGCCAGGAUUCAGUCCCAGUAUUUCAAUGGCUAUUGUAUUGAUAUUGGAUCAAAUGUUUGUGUGAAUUCUUUUCCUGUGACUGAUGAAUACAAAGUUCCUAUACCUGCUGUUGAGGUUUUACGAGUUAAAA